AUGGUAAAUAUUAUGGUUGGUGAAUCUGCUGGGAAAUUACUCUCAAAAGUGUCUUUGUCCAAUAAUACGAUUAGCCGCAGAAUUCACCAUAUGGCGGAGGACCUCAAUGAUCAGUUGAUAGGAAAAAUCAAAGAAAGAGAAUUUGGGUUGCAGCUGGAUUUGAUAUGCUAUGUUAGGUUUAUAAAUGAUGAUGUCAUGGUAGAAGACCUACUCUUUUGUAAAAAUAUUACAACAAGCGCCAAAGCUCAGGACUUAUUUGAUAUUCUUAAUAAUUUUAUGUCAGAAAAUAUGUUGGAUUGGACUAAAUACGUCGGUGUUUGUACUGACGGAGAUCAUUCCAUGUCUGGCAAUUAUGGAAGAUUACAAACACUUAUUAGAAGCAAAGCCCCUGAUGCACUGUGGACCCAUGACAUUAUCCAUAGAUAA